AUGGUUGAUGAAGCAACCGCUGCUAGAUUCGCGCAGGUUGCACGCGAAUGCGCGAAAACGUCUAAGGAGGCGCUUGAAAACGCUGAAAAGUUUAUCGGCGUUCUGAAAAAUGCUGAAACAGGCAGAGAGGGCAUCAGCUUGUUGGAUGUGAAGAAUCGUGAAAUGCUGUGUUAUAUGGCUGAGUUGUCGCUACUGAUGAGCCAAAUGAGCUGCGGGAGAUCCAUUAAAGAUCAUCCUGCUGUAUAUCGAGCUUCCAAGCAUAGAACGGCAAGUUGCUAUUUUAGCUAG